AACAGAAAUUGCAAACUCAAUAACAGAAGUUAAGCAAGCUUAAAAGCUGAGAGCUUUUUCGUGAUUAAGGCUUGGAAUGUGGUGGUUGAAUAGAGAGUAUGGAGGGAGACUUGGAAUUUUGCAUGACUGUGUUUACAACAGCUCAAGAAAUGGUUUUCUUGUUUGAUGAAGGUUUGGGUUUUGCCCGGUCAUGGUCGCUUAAUUUAUAGAGGCUGAAGGCUCCUUUAGUUCUCAAACUACAGCUGUUGACACUUCACUUCUCCCCAUUUCCAGAGGGUUUUGAUUUUUCUUUUCCGGUCCCAACAGAGAGAUCAUCAGGAGCUAGCAUACCUGGAAUUUGCAGGUCCGUCUUCAAGCUCAAGAUGCUUGCGACUCUACAGAGGAGCUUCGCCUGAAGGAAGAGGUUUCUUGUCUCAAAGAUCUACCGGCUCAAGCUGAAUCUCGCAGAGAGAAGACUUUGAAACUUCACGAGGAUCCUUCCAGCUCCAAGCAGCGCGAGUAAGCGAAAAAAGAGAAUUUGGGCAGGAGCAAGAUUUCACGACUGCAAACUUCACACCGUUAAAGCUAAUUGUCAAAGUUACAAUGAACGACUUGACUCUAACAUCAGAGGAUGCCUACAACAGCGGAUAUUUGGAUGGACAUAAGCACAACUCUACUUAUGCAAGCUAACUGCGGGGGCUUAGCCUCUCCCUUGAACAUAGAUUUUAUUUGUUUUAACUUUGCUAAUUUUUCACCAACGGGGUCUAGUUCACUGUAUUUACAAAGAAAUGAUGAACCCAAUUUUGUAUUCACCUUUUGAAGAUGAUUUGUGAAUUUGAAAUGGACCCCAGACCUUUAGUUUGAAGAGUCUAAAUAGUUGACAGAAAAACAAACUAAAAAACCCAAAAGAGAAAAUUGACUAGUCUUCUGCCUCCACCUUGCUAGUUCGCCAAUUUCACUCUCAAGAAUACAUGAACUCCCAAGAAUUAUGGGUUCAAGCUUUUGGCAGACUGAAAUCAUGCAAAUCAGUAAGCACAACACAGCUCAAAAAAUUCCAUGCAUUUAUCAUCAAAACAAGGCCUCUCCCUCUCCCAACCCAACACCUCAUAUAUCCAAAACUCACUUCUUCAACUGAAAAAAACUUCACUCACAUUCUCUCCUUCUUAAACCACUUGGAAAAGCCAGACCUCUGCCUCAGCCUCUACAAUGCCAUCAUCCAAGGCCUCCCUUCAAACCCCAACAACAAGGCAAGCUUGCUUCUUCAGGUGUUGGAAUUACUCAAACAUAUGCUUGUCAAUGGCCUCCUUCCUGAUAACUACACUGUGCCCUCUGUUCUCAAGGCAUGCGCGCAGUCACGUGCGCUGAGAGAAGGCCAGCAAAUGCACACCUAUGCUAUCAAGACAGGGCUUGUUUUGUCCAAUGUGUAUGUGAAGAACACUCUUAUGAGGCUCUAUGCUGUUUGUGGGGUUAUAAAUUGUGUCCGCAACUUGUUUGAUGAAGGUCCUCAACGAGACUUGGUGUCAUGGACUACGCUUAUUCAGGGUUAUGUUAAAAUGGGGUUGCCCAGAGAAGGCGUGGAAGCAUUCUUUGAUAUGUGUGAUGCCAAAAUGAUGGCAGAUGAGAUGACAUUGGUCAUUGUCCUCUCUGCUUGCUCUAAAUUGGGAGACUUGAGCUUGGGGAGGAAGAUAAAUGAAUACAUAUAUGAUAAUGGGGUCUACCGAGAUGUAUUUAUAGGAAAUGCUCUGGUUGAUAUGUACUUGAAGUGUGGAGAUGCUGAUUUUGCAUAUAAGGUGUUUAACGAGAUGCCUGUGAGAAAUGUGGUUUCUUGGAAUUCAAUGAUAUCGGGUUUGGCACAUCAAGGGAAAUUUAAGGAAGCAUUGGAUGUGUUCCGGGAGAUGCAAAGAAUAGGUCUUGAGCCAGAUGAUGUUACUUUAGUUGGUGUUUUGAAUUCGUGCGCGAAUCUUGGAGUGCUCGAGUUGGGGGAGUGGGUACAUGCUUAUGUUGAUAGAAAUCGGAUUGAGGCAGAUGGGUUUAUAGGGAAUGCACUCGUGGAUAUGUAUGCUAAGUGUGGAAGCAUAGACCAAGCCUUUAGAGUUUUUCAGGGCAUGAAACACAGAGAUGUAUAUUCCUAUACUGCCAUGAUUGUCGGAUUAGCUAUGCAUGGGGAAGUUGAGAUGGCAUUGGAUAUAUUUGCUGAGAUGCCUAGAAUGGGCAUCGAACCAGAUGAGGUGACAUUUAUAGGAGUCCUGGCAGCAUGUAGUCAUGGAGGACUUGUUGCAGAGGGUCAGAAAUAUUUUAGAGAUAUGUCAAGUGCGUACAAGCUCAGACCUCAGACAGAGCAUUACGGCUGCAUGGUUGACCUUUUAGGCCGGGCCGGGUUAAUUAAUGAGGCAGAGGAGUUUGUUAAAAACAUGCCAAUUGAGCCUGAUGCCUUUGUCUGGGGGGCCCUAUUGGGAGCUUGUAGGAUCCAUGGGAAAGUAGAGCUUGCUGAAAGUGUAAUGAAAAAACUAUUGAAGGUAGAGCCAGAGAGAGAUGGUGCAUAUGUGCUCAUGUCAAACAUUUAUUCCUCUGCAAAUAGAUGGAAGGAUGCAGUGAAGUUGAGAAGGGCAAUGAAAGGAAAGAACAUGAAGAAAACUCCUGGUUGUAGUUCAAUUGAACUUGAUGGUGUUGUUCAUGAAUUUAAAAAGGGUGACAAAUCACAUAAAAGAAGUAGAGACAUAUACAAACUGCUGGAUGAGAUUAUGAGCCACGUAAAGAACCAUGAGCUAUUGGCACAUUGAACUACAUUGUUGUGAUGAUUGAGACAUAUCAACAGAAAAUCGUCCCGGUGGGUUGAGAAAGAAAAGGGUUUGUAGUUUGCACACAUAUCUGUUGGCAUAAUCAACUUGAUCUUUUGGUUCAGCAUCAUGCUCUUUGAGGAUUUGUUGCAUAUUCCGAGAGGUAAGCAAGACAACCAAGUUUAAUAAUUUUUGUCAACGUACUGGGUAAUUUAUGUAAAGAAUUAUCUUGUAAACUAUUAACUACACUCCCUAAUCCACACAAAAUU